ACAACGAGAAAAUUGAUUUAUUCUGACAAUAAUUAGCUAUUGUUUUGUAAGAGCUCACAGGCUUUCUUAUGGCCAAAUGUAUUUAUUAGCAAAGAUAGCUGUUGUCGGACGACCUCAGGGCGUUUAUUACAUUAUUCGGUGAUGGGAUCUUAUAUGUAAUACAACGGUUCGAUGACUCUGGUUGAAAUAGCGGUUUUGCAGCCAGAUAGAAUAGAAUACAUGCUUGCAUCGCUGCAGAAAUGUGCGGAACAGUAGUACCAAACUCUACCUAUUGAAGAUCGAAAUUAGAUUAGAGAAUGUUGAAAAUCAAAUUAAGGUGAAGAUAUUAGUGGUGCUAUUACUUACUAUGAUAAUAAGGAAGUAAACUGUAAAGAAUUUGAAGUUACAAAGUGGUGAUAAUUUGGUUAUGUAGGUCGCGUUGGAACAAUUUUUUAUUUAUUUAUUUUUUAUUUCUUAGAUGUGUGGACGAGCUCACAGCCCACCUGGUGUUAAGUGGUUACUGGAGCCCAUAGACAUCUACAACGUAAAUGCGCCACACACCUUGAGAUAUAGUUCUAAGGUCUCAGUAUAGUCACAACGGCUGCCUCACCCUUCAAACCGAAACGCAUUACCGCUUCACGGCAGAAAUAGGCGGGGCGGUGGUACCUACCCGUGCGGACUCACAAGAGGUCCUACCACCAGUACUGUUGUUUAUAUGAAGAUAACGAAAACAUAGCUGUCUCUUGUGUUAUAAUUUUAUUAUCUCUCAUAAGUAGAUAGGAUGUUACACAAUUCUAGCCAGUGUAUGAUUGACGUUUGUUUGCAUGUGGUAGCUUGUAUUCUCAAUCAGUGUUUUGUUUAUUGAUAUAGAAUUGAUUUAUUAUUUAUUUCUCGUGUUUGUGUUAAUUAACGAAGGCCGAGGGAAUCGCAAUACAAAAUGAUUUGGGCUGUAGUUUUAUUGAUUAUUUUUAUAUUCUUGAUAUGGAAGGCUUUAGAGGAUGAGGAGAAUCCUCUUGACUCUCUUCCCGGACCAGAAAGGAAGCCGAUCAUUGGAGCCACUAUGCGAUUCGUCAAUUUAAAUACAAGAGAAAUGUUUAUAAAACUGCGCGAGUACCAUGCGAUGUACGGUACCAGAUACGUUGUGAAGAUAUUCAAGAGGAGAAUCCUGCAUCUGUCUAACGAAAGGGAUGUUGAGGUCGUAUUGUCUCAUUCGAAGAACAUUAAGAAAAGUAAGCCUUAUACGUUUCUGAGUCCUUGGCUCGGGAGCGAUCUCCUGUUGAGCACCGGUUUUAAAUGGCACAGCAGACGUAAGAUUCUGACACCAACGUUUCACUUUAACAUCUUGAAGAGCUUCUUAGAAAUCAUCAAGGACAAGAGUUGUGACUUGGUGAAGAGAUUGGAGGAGUACAGGGGCGAAGAAGUAGACUUGAUGCCCGUUAUCAGUGACUUUACAUUGUUUACGAUUUGCGAAACGGCAAUGGGCACCCAAUUGGAUUCAGACAAGUCAGCAGAAACCAGCGAAUACAAAAUGGCCAUACUACAAAUAGGAUCUUUGCUGCUCGACAGACUGACCAAAGUUUGGCUCCACAACGACUUUAUAUUCCGCCAGUUUACCGUUGGGCGAAAGUUUCAGAAGUGCCUCAAACAAGUCCACUCUUUCGCCCAUAAUGUUAUAGUUGAGAGGAAACGACAACGAGCAUCUGGUAGAGACCCUACUGUCGUCGCAGAAGAUGUAUUCGGUCGUAAAAAGAGAUUGGCCAUGUUGGAUCUUUUAUUGGAGGCGGAAGAGAAAAAUGAAAUUGAUUUUGAAGGAAUAAUGGAUGAAGUUAAUACAUUUAUGUUUGAGGGACACGACACAACUGCAGUCGCUUUAACGUUCAGUUUGAUGUUGGUCGCGGAGGAUGAUCAAGUUCAAGAUCGCAUUUACAAGGAACUGCAAGGGAUUUUUGGAGAUUCUGACCGUCGGCCAACAAUCAGUGAUGUUGCCGAGAUGAAGUACUUGGAAGCUGUAGUGAAGGAGACUCUGAGGCUGUAUCCAAGUGUCCCGUUCAUCGCUCGAGAGAUCACUGAGGACUUUAUGUUAGAUGACCUAAAGAUAAAGAAAGGAUCAGAAGUAGCAGUCCACAUCUAUGAUUUGCAUCGUCGUAAAGAGCUGUUUUCUGACCCCGAGAAGUUCCUGCCCGAUAGAUUCUUGAACGGAGAAUUGAAGCAUCCAUACAGCUUCGUGCCCUUUAGCGCAGGACCAAGGAACUGUAUUGGUCAACGCUUCGCGACGCUGGAAAUGAAGUGCGUCCUCAGUGAGAUCUGUCGUAGCUUCAGACUAGAACCCCGCACUAAGGGUUGGCGGCCUACCCUCGUAGCCGAAAUGCUUUUACGACCAAACGAACCUAUUCAUGUAAAGUUUAUUAAACGCAAACAAAGCUGACAA